CCCCUCCACGCCUGGCCGAUCCUCUUCCUAUCAUCCUCCAGCCUUGGCCUCCAUUUGGGGGUUCUGGGGAACCGCGAUCGGGCCGACAUGCACCCCCACCCAGUAGUGGGGCUCUGGGGGCUCCGGCGAGAGGGGGACGUGGGGAUUGGUCCUGGAUCUUGCAGGAGGUCAUGGGGGAGGGGUGGGGCUGCCUCAGUUGGUGCCCCCAGGGACCCUCGCCCUUCCCCCGCUGCCCCUGUCUGGCCUCCGUCUGGAGGGAGGGACUGGCCCUGUGUCCGGCCUGGGUUGCCCCAGAGGAAUCAGAGACCCAACAUAAGCUAUGGCCCCGCCUCCCUUUUCUGUGCCAGCAGGACUUGGAGCUAAGGACAUCUAGGUCCUGGGUUCCCUCUGAUGGAGAGGGGGGUGUUCCACCUUGGAUAGACAGAAUGAGCUGAGGUUCUAGGAUUUCAGUUUCACUUUCUGAAUCUCGAGGUGCAUCUGGUCUUGAGGGGACUAUGAUGGAGGCACAGACAGAGAGCCGCUCCCCUUUGGAUCAGUCAAGGAAUUGAGGUCACACUAAUGGCCCCUCUUUCUAUUUGAGCUACAUUUGGAGGUGUUGUAGGGACAGCUCUGUAGCUGAACAUGUCCUGGUCAGCUGAGUGUGGAAAUAGAGGGAUUUCUGCUGCUCUCAUUGUCCAUGGGCUUCCCAGGUCACACAACCUACAAGUAGGGAGCAGGGACAGCGAGAGAGAGCCUGCAUGCCAAUUCUAAGCUCUUCAGGAUCAAAAAUGGCAGCCUGUGGAGGCACCUGCAAGAACAAAGUGACUGUCUCCAAGCCUGUGUGGGACUUCCUGAGCAAGGAGACCCCAGCCCGGCUGGCCCGGCUUCGGGAGGAGCACCGUGUGUCCAUCCUCAUAGAUGGCGAGACUUCUGACAUCUAUGUCCUCCAGCUUUCCCCACAGGGCCCUCCCCCGGCCCCUCCCAAUGGGCUCUACCUGGCCCGGAAGGCUCUCAAGGGGCUGCUAAAAGAGGCUGAGAAAGAGCUGAAGAAAGCUCAGAGGCAGGGCGAGCUUAUGGGCUGCCUGGCUUUGGGGGGUGGCGGGGAGCACCCUGAGCUACACCGUCCAGGGCCCCCCCCUCCCCCUUUGCGAGCAGCCCCGCUUCUGCCCCCAGGGGCUCGGGGGCUCCCUCCUCCUCCCCCUCCCCUCCCCCCUCCCCUUCCUCCCCGCCUUCGGGAGGAGGCCGAAGAACAGGAGAGCACCUGCCCCAUCUGUCUGGGGGAGAUCCAGAACGCCAAGACAUUGGAGAAGUGCCGGCACUCAUUCUGCGAGGGCUGCAUCACCCGGGCCCUGCAGGUGAAAAAGGCCUGUCCCAUGUGUGGCCGCUUCUAUGGGCAGCUGGUGGGCAACCAGCCCCAGAAUGGGCGGAUGCUUGUCUCUAAGGACGCCACACUCUUACUGCCCAGCUAUGAGAAGUAUGGCACCAUCGUCAUCCAGUACGUCUUCCCGCCCGGUGUCCAGGGGGCUGAACACCCAAACCCAGGAGUUCGCUAUCCUGGCACCACCCGGGUGGCCUACCUCCCGGACUGCCCUGAGGGCAACAAGGUGCUGACCCUGUUCCGCAAGGCAUUUGACCAGCGACUCACCUUCACUAUCGGCACGUCCAUGACCACAGGGAGACCGAAUGUCAUCACCUGGAACGACAUCCACCACAAGACCAGCUGCACAGGGGGACCCCAGCUGUUUGGGUACCCAGACCCCACCUACCUGACCCGGGUGCAAGAAGAGCUGAGAGCCAAGGGUAUCACAGAUGACUGAAGGCCAUCCCCUUUGCCAAGCCCUUGCCUUUCUCCAUAGGACCCAGCGGAAGCCUCUGUUCUCCUCUCUCCCUCUGCCCCCCACACCAUACGAAUAAGGGACCAGUCUGACUGGGGAAGGAGUUCAGAGAGGGAGGGGGCAGUCCCUUCCCCUGUCCCCCCUACAGGCGAGUGCUUCAGUGCAGUGUGAGCCACUCCCUUCUGGCAGAGGGAUCUUCCAGGCUCUGCUCCUCUCCUCCCCCUGUACAUACUCCCAAUCUCCCUACCCCCUCCACUGCCCUUGGCUUUUUCUGGUAUGUGCUGUGCUCCAAUGACUAAGCUGAGAAAGGACCUGGGUGGGGAAGGAGGUUCUCUUGAGCCCCCUGCCCCCACAAACUGCUCCACUGAUGAACUUCGGUGUGGGGGAGGGGGCAUGGGGCUGAGGUGAGCCCCCAAGGAGCCGGCCUUGUGUGUUCUUCAGAAACAGUCCCCCUUCUACCUUAACCUUGUCCUUUCUCUCGCGUGUCUCCGUCUCUGUCAGUCUGUCUCCCGCUCUGCCCCCUAUAAGGAGCCUCCUUACCCUGUUCUGGAAUCGCCGCCAGACUGUAGCUUUUAAUUUAAUAAAAAUAAAGUAAAAUAUGCAACUCUA